AUGAGUGCCUCUCAAGAUACGAAAUAUGAAAUUCUCUCUACAAUAACAGAAUUCUUCAAUCUCUCCACCAAACAUCCUCUGCCCAGCAAUGCAAGCGACCAUAUCAUCGAAGCAUCCUACGUCAUCCAAUCCUCCCCGAAUACCCUAGAGCAGACAACUCUCGGAGAGCUAUUCCUCGGCGAAGAGAAGCUCACGCAACAAAUCGAAUGGGCGAUAGAUGAACCCCAAGAAACAUUUAUCUAUGAGAAGCUAGCUGCUGUGUGGACGGGCUGGUCUAUUCGUGCAGACGAUGGUUCGCUUAUAAGCCAUAAAAAAGGCCUCAUCGGAUUAGCAUACGUUGAAGGGAAGUGGAAGAUCUCAGGGUUAGCAUCAACACAGCGUUCCCACUCAACACCAGACAACGACAACGAUCUCGAACAAGAAAUCAUGUCCCCCAUAAAUGCGCUUCUAGCCGACUUCUCGUCACCAGACUGGUCCGUCCUAAAACAGUGGUUCAUUCCCAACGCAGGCGUGACACUCUACCGUCCCCCCAAUGCACCAGCGCCCAUGACGAUGGAACAGUCCAUAACUCGGUUACAGAACAUGAUCAAGAGCGGGAUAAGUAUCCAGGAGAAGCUUCAUGAUGUGCAGAAGGAGUUCCCUGCUGGAUGGUAUGCUCUCGAGCAACAUCUUAAUGCGACUGGGCACUGGUACGAUAACCAGUACAAUUCAACAGUAACAACAACCUAUUGCGACUGGGAAUGCGGCAUUUGUUGCACUGGGUUUCGUCGUCGUAGAGACUGCGAGAACCAUGAGAUCAACGAGUGCUUCUACUGCGGUGAUUGCGAUCGCCAGUUCAACAGUUGGAAUGCUAUUCAGCAGCAUCUGAACUCAAGCCGGCACGGAGGAUCAAACCAAGUCACCCAGUAUCACGGAGGUGCCGUUUUUCAUUUUCAUUUUCAGCAGAACGGAGUCAAAUGCCCUUUCUGUUGUGCCAAUUACAACGCCGCAAGCGGUGUCGCACAUCAUCUCGAACGCGGAUGUUGUCCAAACGCGCCCUUGGACAGAGACACCUUGUACCAAGAGGUUAAGAAGCGCGAUCCCGACGGUCUGAUCACGAACCAGUUUCUUAAAUGGGAACCCACCGUCCACUACCAGGCGACAGAACUCGCAUUCAACAGUUACUACGGUGAAUACGAGUGCUACAUAUGCCAUGACUUGUUUCCAUACCUGUCCAGUCUGAACCAACAUCUCGACUCGCCUCGACAUCAGCGCGAUCUUUACCACUGCCCAAACAGGUCUUGCCUUAGGGAGUUUACUACACUUGCCGGACUCAUCAAUCACUUGGAGAGCGAGUCGUGCCGCUUCAUGCGUUUCCAGGCUGUUCAGAAUGGGAUCAGAGGGCUUUUCUCGUCGCAACGCAACGUCUCCUUCCGGUGA